AUCACUGUUAAAUCCAUUAUUUUGAUCCCUUGUAAUAUUCAGCCUUUAUUUGUCAUCAUGUUCUCUUUUGUCCUUGAUGAGGUUUUCAACUUUAAUGAUGCCAACGCAAUCUAUGUUGCUGGUAAAUGUGGUGUCUCUCAGGAAAUAUUUCACUCUAUGACUAUUAAAACAUUUCAGACUCAAUUAAUUUAUAUGUAUUUAUGACUGUACAGUAUAUUUAAUAUGAAAAACUGUUUAAUAUAGAUUGUGUUGCAGAAUAAAAAGUCAGUAUGUAAUAUCACAGAAAGGAUUUAAAAUUAAUAGUUCAAUUGCAAAUAUAAUUUUCAUAUUCCAAAUGACUGUACAAUACAUGGAUGAAAUGUUAAUCAAAUAUCAUAUUCUAAAUUGAAAAGAUUGUGCAUCUUAGUUCUGCAUGCAGGUAAAUCUGCAUUGUAGUCUUAUGUAUGGAAAAUCUCACGUUGUCCACAGAAAUGACUGGUAUCAAUCUCUUUGAAAUCUCAAUCCUCUUAUGGAAGGCUGAAGUCUAUUCCGUCUUUUGUCACAGACUCUCCAAUCUGCUGAAGAUACUCGACAAGAGAAGCGGUAAUGCAUGAAGGUUAGGUCUGUGACUAGCUGCUAGUUUCAUCAUUACGUUCCAUUCAGACUGGCUUUUGUGAAGGGAUUAAGGAAAUGAACAGAGAUUUCAGCUGUCCACGACUCUUUUAAAGGAAUUCGAGGUGGGGAUUGCUUUGGUGCCUGGAUCCUCAAUUAUCACAUCAUUCAGGUUUCCUGUUUGCACCCACUAUUUCCCAGCUGUGAUGAUUGAACAGCACAGUUUAUGUUUCAGGAUUCAGAGCUGAAAUAAUUCAACUCCAGGGAAAGCACGUCUUGAUUAGAUCUUAAUGAGUUGAUUGUACAAACAAAAAAUAGCCUGGAGAAACCCAAAGAGACAUCUCAGCAUCUGGUUAAAAGAAAGGAACAGUAGAAAAGAGACAGAAGAAAGCAAAACAUUUUUUUAAAAUGAGACUACGAUACCCCAACAUUAACUAUUUGAGGAGUUUGCUGACAUUUGUGAUGAUGGCCUGGCUGCUCUUGCAAGAAGAAUGAAGGAAGAUAAACAUACGUUUUGACCAGAUAGCCAAGUUGAGAACCUUACACACCUGCUAGUGUGACAAGAAAAUAUUUGAUGGCCUAAAGGACUUGACUAUUCAACUGCUCACAAGGUAAUGGAUGGAUUAUCUUCCUGUGUGACUGAAUUCAUAGAAGUCGUCUUCAUUUUAAAAGAAAUCUUCCACAAUAGUAAUGAACAAAUUAUUUUAAAUGUUAUUUAAGAUAAGUACUUCAAAAUUUACAGUCACUGCCACAGUUUUGUGUCUCUGGAUUUUUCUCAGCACAUUGUUCUGAUGGCCAGAUACAUCAAUAGUUCUUAUAUCCUCAACCAGAGCUUGGUCACUGGAGAAGUACUUAAUGCCUCAGUCCCAGGGGACAUCUCACAAACUGCCAUCUCAAAAAACUGGCCAGCCUUGCUGAUUCUCGUAAUCAUUGUGCUGACUGUCGGGGGCAACAUAUUGGUGAUCAUGGCAGUUUCCCUGGAGAAAAAGCUGCAGAAUGCAACAAACUACUUCCUAAUGUCACUGGCUGUUGCUGAUAUGCUGGUUGGAAUUUUAGUCAUGCCAGUUUCAAUGAUUACUAUUCUCUACGACAACAUCUGGCCUUUCCCAGAGAAGCUGUGUCCCAUCUGGAUUUAUUUGGAUGUUCUCUUUUCCACUGCAUCUAUCAUGCAUCUGUGUGCGAUAUCAUUGGAUCGUUACAUUGGAAUUCGUAAUCCUAUCGAGCAUAGCCGCUUCAACUCACGAACCAUAGCGUUUAUAAAAAUAAUGGCAGUCUGGACCAUUUCAGUAGGCAUCUCAAUGCCAAUUCUUGUUAUUGGCCUUGAAGACGAAUCCAGGGUUUUUAUUGUCAACAGCUGCGUUAUUAAUGAAGAAAGCUUUCUUCUAAUUGGUUCUUUUGUAGCAUUUUUUAUCCCACUGAUUAUAAUGGUUUUUACCUACUGCCUGACGGUACAGACACUGCAAAAACAGAUCAGUGUCUUUUUAGGUGACCAAAAAGAAAAACGAGCAAACAUGCAUGUUUUUAAAAAGGGCAACUUAAUAGAAAAUGCAGCAAUGAUAAAAAGGCCAGAAACUCCAGACAAAACCUCAAGAUCGCCCUUGAAUAAGGAAGCUAAACUUUUUCGGAAAGGCACCAUGCAAUCAAUUAACAAUGAACAAAGGGCUUCGAAAGUGCUUGGGAUUGUAUUCUUUUUGUUUGUGGUCAUGUGGUGCCCAUUCUUCAUCACUAAUGUUUUGUCCGUUAUCUGCAAGGAAUCCUGCAAUGAAUCCAUCAUUGGAGAUCUCCUCAACGUCUUUGUGUGGGUUGGCUAUACCUCGUCUGGUGUCAAUCCUCUGGUUUACACCCUCUUCAAUGGAACUUAUCGCCGAGCCUUCUCCCACUAUAUUUGCUGUCACUACAGAGGAACCCAAAAUCACUUCACUGUCACUGCUUCUACAUCAGCAAUACAUGAGAGGAAUUUGGAAAUGGCCACUGUUAACAAUGGAAAUAAAUCACCGAGCAACAAACUAAGAGUUCCUGAGGAAAAACUACAUGUGACAAUAAAAUCAACAGUAUCUUCUAUAGACAACUGCAUAAUCAUCAGUGAAAAAGUCAGCUGUGUGUAAAUAGGACCUGACAUACUAAAUCUUCAGCUGCCAAUAAUAUUAGGCCUAGAAUACUCGGCUAUGAGCAUGUAAAUUGUGACAUAGAAAUUUAGGCCAUUUUAGGUUGCUUGUAAUGUUGGGUCUAGUACGCUAGACCUUUAGAUGUGGCUAAAGUGCGAUCUAGCAGACCAGACUAUUGGUCUGUUGUAUGUGGCCUGGUAUACUAGACCAUCAAUUGCAUGUGUUUUGGCCCUACCUUUACUAAGCUGCUAACCACGUGUACUGUACGGCCUAUACUACCAGGCAUGAAAUACAAGUAAAACUCAAAUGAAUAAAUGUAUUGCUCAGAAAAUGGUUAUGAGAACAUAAGAAAUACCAGCAGGAUUAGGCAAAUCACUUCCUCGAAAUUGCUCUCCCAUAGUAGGGUUAAUCCAUUCUUGUCCUCAAAAUCACUUCCCAAGCUCCCUCUUGUAAUUUAAAUGUUUGUGCAUCUCUGCCUUGAAUAUAUAAAUGCCUCCAAAGAACAUGAUCUUUUGAGAGAAAAAUUCUUCCUCAU